AAAAAAUAAGAAAAAGAAAAUAAAGGAAAACUGAAAACGGAUCUCUUGUAUGAGUUUAGCGCGAGCCUGUGAGCACUGAGCUCUGCUCUGCCUGAGAGAAAAGUUUCGCAAAUCUGAUGAGGGCGUUUCGUUAGAAUCGUCAACGGAAGAAACGCCGGCCUCCAACGAUCACUAAAAACCUUCCCCAAUUGUAAACCCUAGCGACUCAGGUUCCCUCUCAGUGCUGCAAUGGUGGUCUGCAAAUGCCGCAAGGCUACCAAGCUGUAUUGUUUCGUGCACAAGGUUCCGGUUUGUGGAGAAUGUAUCUGUUCUCCCGAACAUCAAAUAUGCGUGAUUCGUACUUAUUCAGAAUGGGUAAUAGAUGGAGAGUAUGACUGGCCUCCUAGUUGCUGCCUCUGUCAUGUUGAUCUGGAUGAGGGGACUGGCUCUCAAACGACUCGGCUGGGUUGCUUGCAUGUAAUACAUACAAGUUGCCUGGUUUCACAUAUCAAGAGUUUCCCGUCGCAUACUGCACCUGCUGGAUAUGUUUGUCCUACAUGUUCCACAUCGAUAUGGCCUCCCAAGAAUGUAAAAGAUUCAGCAUCCCGCCUUCAUUCAAAGUUGAAGGAAGCUAUCAUGCAGACUGGCUUGGAAAAGAACUUGUUUGGAAAUCAGCCUGUUUCAUUUUCGACAGAAUCCCGUAGUCCUCCUCCUGCAUUUUCCUCAGAUCCACUUGUUAAUGCAUCUUUGAAUGGAAGAAGGGACAAUAAUGCUAGCUCAUCCGCAGGAAAAGAUGGACCUAGCAUAAUUGAUUUCUCGGCUACAACUGGAGCAGGACCUUCUAUACUUCCAGUGACAGACAUAGUGGAGAUAGAAGGUCCUACUUCAGCAGGGAAUUAUGUGAAAAGCAUGAGUCCGCCCGGUGCUACGACACGAAAGGGUGCAUUCCAAGUUGAGCGACAAAACUCUGAAAUUUCAUAUUAUGCUGAUGAUGAAGAUGGGAAUCAUAAAAAAUAUUCACGAAGGGGCCCAUUCCGACAUAAGUUUCUUAGAGCAUUGCUUCCAUUCUGGUCAAGUGCGUUGCCAACUCUACCAGUGACUUUACCCCAGCGCAAAGAUGGAUCGAUUGAAAAUGAUGUCCCAGAAGGUCGUCCCCGAAGUAAAAAAUCAUCAAGAAUGGAUCCAAGAAAAAUCCUACUUGUUAUAGCAAUCAUGGCAUGCUUGGCGACUAUGGGUAUUUUGUAUUACAGAUUAGUGCAACGGGGUCUUGGUGAGGAGAUGCCUGAAGAUGAGCAGCAGCGGUAAAUUUCAUAUAUGGUAUGGUGAAAUUCAGGUGCGUAGUAUGCUUCCCUUAAGCGCAGACCUCAGGUCCCUGUCGUGAUCCUGCAACAAAAUGUUCUUUUUCUUUUUCUUUGGUCUGGACAUGCUUCAUUCAUGUUGUCAGUGAAACGUAUAAACAGAUUGUAGCAAUUUACAUUUCGGGGUUGAUCAAAGUGAAAUGUUUUAAAGAUUAGCUUCUUUGUCCAUGAUCUCUCGUUGCCAUUUUUCAUUUUGCAUCUGUGUGAAGUCGAAUUGGAGAAGCAGGUUAAGUGCAGAAAUUUUGUUGUAAUCAUCUAUUGAGCCCAGCAGAUUGUAGGGAUUUCUGUAUUUUAUGGAAUACAUGGGAUUUGAUUGAAUUGCAAAAAGUAAUUCUCACA